AUCAUGGCUUACCUUGAAAUAUUUCUGGCCAUUGUGGGCAUCGCUCUGCUCAUCUACAAGUGGUCAAUCGGAACCUUCAAGACCUUUGAAAAACGCAAACUGCCCUACGAGAAACCCUGCCCAUUCUUUGGAAACAUGGCACAAUCUGGUCUUCAACGCACCUCGAUGCACAAGGAGCUCACUGAAUUUUACCUGCGAACGCGCCAUCACAAAGUGGUGGGCUUUUACAACCUACGGAAGCCGAUGGUUCAGAUCAACGACCCCGAGUUGAUUAAGAAGAUCUGCGUCAAAGACUUCGACUACUUCCCCAAUCACCAACUCUUGAUCACCACCAAUGAACGUCUUUUGAACGAUAUGGUCAACUCCAUGAAGGAUCAGCGUUGGAAGCGGAUGAGGAAUACCUUGACUCCAGUUUUUACAGCUGCUAAAAUGCGCAAUAUGUUCGUUUUGAUGAACGACAUUUUCGGGGAGUGCAUGCAGCACUUGGACAAACUAUCCGGAAAUCCCUCUGAUGGAAAAGCAUUCGAAGUGGACAUGAAGGUGCUGUUCCACAAGCUAACCAGCGAUGUGAUCGCCACCACUGCUUUUGGCCUCAAAGUGAACUCCUUCGAGAACCCAAAGAACGAGUUCUAUUCGGUGGGUUCGACCCUUAUCUUCUCCACAGCCCUUCAGUUCUUCAAGUUCACGCUGUCUGCUAUGAUGCCAAAGGUUUUUACUAUGCUGGAUAUGAAAAUCUUUGAUGGCAAGAAAGUUGAUUACUUUGUGAGUCUGGUGGUGGAUGCCAUGAAGUUGCGGGAAGAGCAGGGAAUCACUAGACCCGACAUGAUCCAACUGAUGAUGGAGGCUAAGAAAGAAUCUCAAAAUAACUGGACGGACGACGAGAUUGUGGCCCAGUGCUUCAUCUUCUUCUUCGCAGCCUUGGACAACAAUACGAACCUUAUCAGCAUUACAGCUUAUGAACUUCUAAACAAUCCAGAAAUUCAGGAGCGGUUGUACCAGGAGAUCCUGCAAACCAAAGAGGCUUUGAACGGUGGUUCCUUGACUUACGAUGCAGUGCAGGGGAUGACCUACAUGAAUAUGGUGAUCUCGGAAACCCUCAGAAAGUGGACCUUAUCCCCCUCCAUUGAUCGAGUUUGCUCCAAGGCCUACACCCUCACCGAUGAGGAUGGAACCAAGCUGUUCGACUUUAAGCCAGGUGAUCUGGUCACCAUUCCCAUAGCUGGUCUCCAUAGGGAUGAUAGGUACUUCCCCGAACCCAGGAAAUUCGAUCCCGAACGUUUCAGCGAGGAACGAUUGAGUGAAAUUGUGCCAUUUACUUAUAUGCCAUUUGGAGCUGGACCCCGAAGUUGUAUUGCCAAUAGAUUUGCCCAGAUGCAGGCGAAGGGAUUGUUGUUCCACCUUCUUCUGAACUACAAAGUCGAAGCUUCUCCUCGGACCAUGAAGGAUAUGUGGCAGGAGGCAAGGAGCUUCAGCCUGACACCAAAGACAGGAUUCUACAUGCAAUUGGUGCCACGCCAAUGAAUUUGUAACCGAAAAGACUGAAUUUGUGAUAAACCACAAAAUAUGGAACGUUUAAAAAGCUGCGCGAAUAUGACAAAACGAAUAUGAGUAUUAAUUUGAUUGCCUCUGUGUUAUAAAUAAUCUAAGGAAAUAACUUAAGAAUAUAUAUGACAUAGAA